GCUUCAGUACUCUAGUACUAACUGGAUAAUGUGAACGAUCGGUCUCGCCAUGAAGAACUAUAAAAUAUUUCUUAUCACGAGUGUCAUGCAUUUAAUAAUAUUUUUUGCUAGUUUUUCAUCAAUUGAACAAUACGUACUUCCUGGUGGACCUUCAUUUACACCUCUUUGGAACGAAACAUGGACCGACAAGCUCAAACGAGAUCUUCUUGUAAAAUACGACAAAUUUGUCAGACCUGCUCACCAUUUCAAUUCGACAGUUGUGACCCUCGACAUAGAAAUUCAUCACGUAUCAUUGGACGACAUGAAGUCCGUCUUAUCCGUACACUGCUUUUUGAAAAUGGCAUGGAAGGACGAGAAGUUAAAAUGGAACGCUUCUGAAUAUGGAGGACUUCGACAGGCUCACCUAGGCAUUCACGAAGUUUGGCAACCUGAUGUCGUUUUAUAUAACAGUGUGGCCAUCAACGCAGUGGAACAUUAUGGGGAUACCCAUUGCCUUGUCGACGACGAUGGGACCGUAUUCUGGGUGCCACCCACGCAAUUUCUUGCAUUUUGUGAUUUAGACUUGAGAUUGUGGCCUUUUGACACGCACACAUGUUCCCUCAAAUUGGGUUCGUGGACAUACUCAGGCGAUCAAAUUGAUCUACACCUGUUUAAGAAGCCUAUGAAGGUGCCAGAUCUUCUAGUGUCAAAUACAGAAUGGAAAUUGUUGGAAAUGACAAGAGGUCGUAAUGUCGUUCAUUACGAAUGCUGCCCGGAACCUUAUGUGACCCUGGUCUUCAAUUUGACUUUAAAAAGAAACGCUUUGCUGUAUUGCAACAUCGUUUUCACACCUACAAUUCCAAUCGUUUUUCUCACUCUCAUCGCCUUUUGGUUGCCACCUCAAAGUGAAGUAAGGAUAGUCGUAGCUGGAUGUACAGCUCUGAUAACUUCAAUAUUUUUAAUUUACUUCGGCAACAAAAUUCCACCGGUUUCUGAAAAUUUACCCCUCAUCGUCAGAUUUUAUAGUGGGUGUUUAUACCAAGUUACAAUUCAGCUGAUAAUCUCAGCAGUCGUAUUGAACUUUUCGAAAAGACCACUCUGCAGUCCAAUUCCUCGUGGAAUCCGUCGUCUUCUUUUAGGAUGGCCGGGGUGGUACUUGGGACUUUCAGGUCUCGUUCAAAUGAUUCAACAGCAGAAACCAAAUGGUUGUCAGGAAUUGAGAGAAAGUCAUGGAGGGGACAUUUCCACCUCGAAUACUACAUCAAACAGUUUCGAUGACUGCGAUCGAGAAAAUAUGAUUACCCCAGGAAAAAAUACUACGAAGCUUGAGUGGAUUCUUUUAGCUACUGCCAUCGACAGAUUAUCAUUUCUUCUAUUUUGUUUUAUCUUUAUCAUAAUGUCACUGGCAUUUAUCACAUAAAAAUAAGACAUCCAACAUAUCGAAAAUCCAGAAGAUCUCAGAAGCCAGCCUCAACAAAUAUUUCCAGGAUUUAUUUCAGAUCCUUGAAAUACUAAUCAUUAAAACUGUGCAAUUGAAUUUAUAUUUCAAUAAUAUAAAAUAUGAUUUAAUUAAUAUUUUACGAUCUAUUUUGAAAAUAAAAAGUGCCAGAAGUAU